AGAUGAUAUCUACGCUGACCAGAUAAAUUUUGGGAUUUCUGUUCUUUAGAGAAGACGGUGCAGUUGUGUAGUUCGUGAAGUUUCGCUUGAGAAAUGGUACCUGAAUAGGUGCAAUUUGUGUUGUUUAUCUAGCCGAGACGUACACAACGCGCGCACGCGACUGUAAUUCCACGUGGGCUAGGAUUUACGGCUUCUCUCUAGUAUCUGAUUAUUUCUCUACUUCGUAGAUUGGACUUGCAGAAAAGCUUUCAGCACCUAUACCAGAAUCCGUACCGCCCACCACGUCGCGAGUCAGAACGUAAUUAUACCGAACCGCCGAGCAAAGCGAGUCAUGGAGAGCCAGUAUUCAGGUCCAGAAUGGACAACAACAAAGCUGAGAGCGGUGCUUAAAAGCAGGGGUCUCGGUACAAAAGGUGUAAAAGAUGUGCUUAUUGCGCGCCUUGUCGCCGACGAUGAGAAAGACAAGACCGGCGAUGGCGAUGAUCACCAACAGCCUAUCGUCUCAGAACACGAGCAAUGCGUCAUGGAGGGUCAACGAUUGAGCAAGAUUCACGAUAAAGAUGGGAUCCAAUACCAGUACACUGCCGCAAUUGAGAUUCUUGCAAAGCAUUUAGCAUGCAACGCCGAGUACAUAAAGGUUGCUCGAGGAACUCCUCUUGAUCCAACUGUGGUAGCAGUUCAUAUGAGCAAAGAAUUCCUCGCGAAUGUUAACAUUCCAGGACGGUGGAAACGAUUUGAAUCGUACAGUGCGUGGACUGGGCACUUUACCAAGGACUUACGUGAUCCAAUGUUGAGGAGAGCCCAAGAACUCUUCAACAGCCUGCCGCUAGAAUUUCGAUCCCGUGGUGUCGAAAAUGUACUCGCACCUGCAUCUGAAGAGUCAACAGAAGCAGACGCCUUGAGGGAGGGGAUUUUCUUCUAUCACCAAGUUAUUGGUAAAUUCCUUGAGACAGCAAAGCAAUGUGCUCACCAACAAUACGUGAUAGCGAGAUCAGCAACCUUAGACUUCUUGAAAACCUUAUCCGCCAAUCAGCAGCAAAUUUUGCACGAGUUAUAUUUGCUACAACGUGCGGAGGCUGAAUGCAGAUCAAAGACAACACAUCUUGAAGGAAUGGCGAUACGCUUGCUAGAUGGCCUCUUGGAGGAGACCGGACUGGACGCUUUUAGUACAAAUCCCACGAUCGUCGCCAAGUCGAACGAAGAAGCCGCUCAAAAGUUGCAGGAAUUGUGCGGAUUCACCGAGGACCUUGUGUUGCCACAAUUCGCAGCCAAUCCUAUCCACAGAAUUGUUGCGAAGCGAACGAUGAUCGCAAACUUAAAUCCUCGAGAGCCUGUCGAUACAAAUAUUUGGGCAACUAUAGACCUUGAAACUGUGGACGCUCAGCUCUGUGCAGCGUUGCCUAAAGCAUUCGAAGAGAUAGACCGGGCUCAAUUCAUUGCGAACUUCACCCAUUUAGUAGCCAUUACAGAGAGACCAGCGAGCUUGUACACAUCUCAGGGCCGCCGAAAGAAAACGCCAGCGGCACUUCAUUCCGACAAGAUUCCCGCCAUCGACUUACUCAAGGACAAUCUAUAUCAUGCUCAUAAACUUCUACUGUCAUUGCCAUCAGAUCCAGGUAACAAGAACUGUCCAAACAAAGUGCUGCCUAGCAAGACAUGGCUGCGAAUGGUGGCUUUGGUAGCGAUUUUCUACGGCUGCAUUGCAGAACCUGGCUUGUUAGUCAGUGUCAGCAAUCAAUUAUUGAAGGACCUGCUCGCAUACUAUGAUAUUGAUCCUAAUUUGUACCUUGACACAAUUACCGGCAACUCUGUUGGUCAAGUGCUGAAGAUAGAGGAUAGUGCCAACGGUACGAACACGUAUUGUAUCCAAGCAGAAGCCACCGUCUCCCUGGAAGACAUGGAAGGGAUCCACAAAUCACGCCAGACUAUCAUGGAAUUGGCAAGAUUUUUCCGAGGUUCUAUCAUUGUUGCUUACAAAAUCACAAUGAAUACCAACUAUUUCGAUCGGAGACCCCCAAGGACUCUUGAGGAUGCUCGCAGAGGUAAAUUUGAAAGCUUGCUUCGGUGGACUAGGAAAUGUGCUCUUCCUAGUUGCGACCAACCUCUAGACUUGCCCGCCGAGGGUGGUUAUCGCAUGCUUUCUGUUGGCGUGAAGGACACUCGGAUGGGCUUCCCAGAAGAACGCGAAGAGAUUUCUCAGAAUAGGCUUGACAUUUACUACUGUUUGUAUGAAUUUGUAGAUUCCUUCAACUGGAAUCACAAUAUCGCACCCUUCUUUUUCUUCUUUGCUCAUCUUUAUCAUCCAGGCUGUAAGCCGCAGGUGGGAAAAAGAGCUGUUCACGAAUAGCUAGAGUGGCAAUGGCUGUUGUUAAUACGGUUAGGUUUAUUCGCGAAUACGAGUAGAUAGCUUUUAUAGAGUUUGUACUUUUUGUAAAUGAUAUAUGUG